AUGGACGCAGACCCCGGGACCGCGAGCACCUUGCACGAAGCCAUGGAUCAGGCCCAUGAUGACAACGAAGAAAAUGAAGAUGAUGAGAUUCCACUGUCUAAAAUAUCCGUAAAAUCUCCACACGCCUUCCAAGGUCAGGCUCGUGGUGUGCUGACUUUCCUGAUCAAGUGUGAUCGAUGUCGCCGUCGCAAAGUGCGAUGCGAUCGCCGACAUCCGUGUGCCUAUUGUCUUCGCAUAGACGCACCGUGUACGUAUCCCGAGAGGCAAAGGCCCAAAGAACGACGACAAAGAGUCUUCAUUUCGGAAGUCUAUGAAAGAAAGAUUGACUUCAUAGCAAAGAAGCUCGAGGAACUCGGCCAUGCUCUGGGAGAUGCAGACAGCCGGUCUCAGCCACAAAACUCAUCCACAAAACCCUAUCGCUCAUCGUCAUCUGUGAGCCCUGCAUCUGCUCACAACAGCACGGCAGGAAAUCUGACUGUACCUUCACCAGCUAGCGGCGACAAUGGCAAAAUCUUGACACCAAAACUUGAAUACGAGGGGGAAUCAUCACUGUCAGCCCAGGCUGCCUUCGCGGACAGGUUUCUCCGAGAUGCCGUCAGCAACAAGCCGUCGGUUGAUAUCACUGGAGAGAUGGCUUCGGUCCUGGACACUAUGAGUCGCACCAUCGGAAACCAAAAGAGGGAGCAAGAGCCCGAAUACCUCUAUCCCCAUGCCAGAACCCUCGAGCCGGGCAAGGGUCUCCGCGAUCUUCCUAUGCCCCCUGUGCAAUCCGCAUUCGCUUGUCUUAGACUGGCCAAAGAGCAUCGUCGUGUAAAGUUCUUCUGGAACCAUGAAGCGAAUUCAGUGUCUGCCUUCACAGAUUACUUUCUCAAGGUGUAUUCUCCUGGAUAUGCAGCCCAUGCAGAUCUUAUAAUUGUCAACGCAGGCCUUUAUUGGCUCUUCCUGGAGUGCAAGAAUGUCACAACAGAUCCAGACGAGAAAGCAGACUACACUGAGCAAGCCACCAUGUGUCGAGCCAAUCUCGAGACUGUCCUUUCGAGUCUGCCAUUCCACCUACCCUCGACCAUGGACACUACCUGUGCGAUGACAUUGGCUGCAACGUACUGCCUCGAUGUCUGCAAACCCUCUGCGGCAUGGAAUUUCAUAGCCACAGCCAGCCACAUGAGCCAGACCCUCGGCAUGCAUAGUAUCGUCACUAUGAUCAAUGACGAUCCUGAAGUUAAGAGGGAGAAACUCAAGUUGUUCUGGUUGAUAUAUGUCCAUGAGAAGGGGCUCUCUCUCCGGCUUGGUCGAUCCUCGACCAUACGCGACAAUGACAUCACCGUCCCGCCCAUGGCCAUUAAUCCAAGGUCCGAGCAGGCUAUCUUUGGCCAGUUACAGAAGUGGACGGAGCUAGCCCGACUACAGGGCAUGGUGUAUGAUCAGAUCUACAGUCCCGCUGCCUUAAUUCAACCUCAGUCAGUCAGGGUGGCCAAAGCAAGACGUCUGGCUUCUGAGUUAGGGGCGCAUACGACCAAGGUUUCUCCAGAAGAUAAACGGUAUAUUCAAGCAAUGAAAGUUGCCGUCGGGGAGUUGUUUUACGAAGCUUUCGUUAGCACUCAAAGAUUGACUCACUUAUCGCUCUUCUGUCUUAUAUACCGCGCUAUCCCAGCAGAGCAAGGUGAGGGCACCAUCUUCGGAAAGGAGUGCAUUGCGACCGCCCGCCAAGCCCUCGAAGAACACCAAAAGUGCAUGGCGAUCAUACAUAACCUAGACGAAGACUUUCUUGAGACUUACGUGAAUUGGGCUCUCUUGCAAUCUCCAUUCGUGCCGUUCACAGUUCUCUUCUGCCAUGUAAUCGAGACGUGCAACGAAGCAGAUCUCCAACGUCUAGGCGGGCUCAUUGGCUCUCUUCAGUCGUUAUUAGCCGACGACUUCUCCACAGGUGUCAAAAAGGAGAUUCGCCUCUUUCAGGUUUUGUACGACGUUGCCUGCAGCUAUAUCAAGAUGAAGACAAACGAGUCGCCUCAGACACUUGACCCUAGUGCCGACGUCUGGGCGACUGCUGCUGCAACAUCACUGAUGACGCCGUCCUCCGUCCACCAAAAUGCAGCACUGACAGGUCAGGGAUUGGGCACGCAAGAUGGACCUCAAACGGAGUUUCCUUCCACGGAAGAGUCUCAGGUUUGCUUGGACGCCGCAUUCGAUGGGCAAAACAUAGGAAGUAGCUGGAUGUCCGGGGGGUCGUUCACGAUGCCCGGAGAUCUUGGCAUGGAGGUCGACCAACAGGGAACGCAGCUGGGAAACUGGCUUUACAUGAACAAUCAAAUGAUCAGGGCAUUGGAAGACAGCUAUUUCUGA